AUGUGGACUGAUGAAGAUAACAACCCGUACGGAGCGCUGGACCGCAAUGAAGACCCGCUAGGGGGAUCUUUUCACCCUGCCGCAAUGGCCCCUCCUGCAUAUGAAGAACGCCCUGCAUCUCCGGCUUCGUCAAGGUCAUCCACUCGCGACCCACCGGACUUUGUAUCGCGAACAGACACACCUGAUCUAGACGAUGAUGAGGACCACGGCGACCUGGACGAGUAUGCCGGCCAACAGCCCUAUCCGCGCAAGAAGGGGAUAUACGAUAGCAGAAUAGAGCAGAUUCUCUAUGAAAAUCCGGAACUACCCAUCCUCAUCACUCGUGCUGGGAAGAACAGCGAAACUGGCGGCAGUUUUAUAGUCUACACCAUUAGAACGGGCGAUCUUGAGGUUAGACGUCGAUAUUCCGAGUUCAGUUCGCUCCGCACAACCCUGGUCAAUCUACAUCCUACUCUGAUAAUCCCACCCAUCCCGGAAAAGCAUACCAUGGCAGACUAUGCUGCCAAACCCACCAAAGCAAAGGAAGACACGUCGAUCAUCGAGUUACGGAAACGCAUGUUGGCCGUAUUCUUAAACCGGUGCCGGAGGAUGAGUGAAAUCCGUGAAGAUGGUGUCUGGUGGAGAUUCCUGGACCCUAACGCAAGCUGGGGAGAGGUACUAAACUCCCACCCGGCAGCUUCGGUGCCCAAAAAUAACCUCAAGGCUCCUCCGCUGGAUCCAGCUAACCCGACACCCGCUCAUAACUGGCUCCCCGUUCCUUCAUCUUCUGCGAAGCUGAAAUCUACAGCGGCAGAAGUCUCCUCGGCUGGGACCCCGUCAUUCAUGAACCGGUUUCCGCCGUCGUCCAAGACUCUAAGCGAACAUGAACUGGAUCCUUACUUUAUUAAUUUUGAAGCUUCCACCAGGGAGCUGGAGCUUCUUCUUCAAGGCAGCGUCGAGAAAGUGAACAGACGAACAUUGACACAUCUGACUUCACUAUCAGCGGAUCUCAUGGAACUUGGUGCACGAUACAACGGGUUUGCCCUUUCCGAGCAGUCACCAACAGUUGCCGCCGCUAUCGAGAGAGUGGGCCAAGCCGCAGACAACUCGUAUAUCGAGACAGAAGAGCUGUCUUCCACUUUAGGGGCUACUUUCUCAGAACCAAUGCGGGAAAGUGCCCAGUUUGCGGGCGUUGUCAGGGGCGUCCUUCGCUACCGGGUCUUGAAACGGAUACAAGAGGAGAUGACCAGAGACGAGUUGAACAAGAAAGCCGCCCUGUUAGAUUCCCUUGAGCGAAGCGAGAUAGAGGCCCAGCGCAUCGAGGAAUACCUAAGCAAAGGGAGCACUUCACCAAAAACAAGGCCGGGACGCUCCUUAUCCGAAGCUUCCUCAACCAGCAACCCUGAACUAACACCAGAGUCUAUCCAGACGAAUGCAGAAGACACUGCGUCUAUCGACUCUGACUUCCCUCCAACCCACGGUGAGCCCGUUAACCGGCCGUCUGCAUCCCAGGGACUUCCCCACCGCCCUGUGGACUCAACCCCUAGCGGCCACCGCAAAUCCUCAAGUGGGAACUUCGUCACCAACAAGAUAUUUGGCCGUAUCAGCCAUGCCAUCCAUGGCUUUGCCGACGUAGACCCAGAACGGACACGCCGAGAUCAAAUUGGCAAGACAAAGGAGAGUCUGCAACAGUUGGAGCAAGCACUAAAGGUAUCCGAGCAAGACGUCAAGGACGCCAGCAGCGGUGUCCUCCGAGACCUCAAACGGUUCCAAAAGGAGAAGGAAGACGACAUCCGCAGCUACAUGGUUGCCUAUGCGCGAUGCCACCUUGACUGGGCCCGUAAGGGCCUGGAGACCUGGACCGAAGCGAGGGAUGAAGUCGAUAAGAUAUCUGUUCGAUAG